UUCCGUCACUUCCGGGAGCUCCGCGUGGACUUGCUUCUAUGGCGUCUUCCGACAUGUCGGUGUUGGCGGGCCCCGCGAAGCCGACUCUGGCGCUGAACCCCCAGGAAGACUCACAGUUUCUGGAGGGUUUGACGCAAAUCCAACGGCGUGCGAAAAGGCAAAAGACAGAAGAAAAACUUACUCCUGGAGUGAUUUUUCUGGGCCACCUACCUUCAACACUUACUGAAAGCCAUAUCCAUGACUACUUUACCCAGUUUGGCACGAUUACCAGAUUCAGAUUGUCCAGAAGUAAACGGACUGGACACAGCAGAGGCUAUGCCUUUUUGGAGUUUGAGUCUGAGGAUGUUGCCAAGAUAGUUGCAGAAACAAUGGAUAACUACCUUUUUGGUGAAAGACUUCUUUCGUGUAAAUUUAUGCCACCAGAAAAAGUCCAUAAAGAACUUUUUAAGGACUGGAAUGUUACAUUUCACCAGCCAUCGUUUCCAGCAGUGAAGCGUUACAAUCAGAAACGAGGACAUCUGCAAAUGUUAAAGAUGGAAUAUCGGUUUAAGAAGAAGGAAAAACUGCUCCGGAAGAAGCUAGCUAAGAAGGGGAUUGAUUAUACUUUCCCUUCAUUGGUCUUACCUAAUCCAAAGAAAGGGACUUCUGAAGGCAUUCCUAACACUCCUGAGGACUCUGAGGUUAACCAGGUUUUGCCUACCUCAAAAGAAAGACUUUCAGGGAUACCUAGGAAAAAGGAGAGGAAGAUGUUGAAGAGAGGAUUUACCAUAAAAAUUUUUAAGAAGCGUAAUAGGUCUAAGAAAAAGAGGUUCGUGGACGUACAGGGUCCCACGCCACUUUGUUCACCAGCAUUUUUGGAAAGACGGAAGUCACAGGUGACCAAAGUCAAUGAUGAUAAAGAUAAUGAAAUCGUUUUCAAACAGCCAGUGCCUACAGUGAAAGAAGAGGCCCAAAAGACUCCAGCACCAGCACCUGCAAGCUCCAAGAAAAAAAGAUCAAGAAAAAGAAAAGCAACCAGUAACCCCUAA